UGUAGUUUUCCGCUUCCAUAAACAAGACGACUGCCAGAGUUAGCCGCCAGUCCUGUGUGCCUCUGGGCUGAGUCUCCCUCUGAGGGAGACAGACAUACUGACAGAGAAAGUGAGCAAGGGACGAGAGGGGGAGAAAGUGAGAAACAGGAAAGAGGGGAGACAGAAAGACAGGAAAACCCAUCAGAAGAAAAGAGAGACAGGGAAGAAUUGACAGAAGAAGAAAAGAAAGGAGAAGAAGAGAGAGUAAAAGACAGACUGAAUUGAGUAUCAGUCUCUCUUCUUCUCCAAAACGUCAUGGCAGAGAACAACACAAAUCUCUUUCUGGAAAUACUUCAAUCUUUUGAUGCUGUCCCUUUGAUCAUUGCUUUCUGUGUGUCCAUGGCGGUGGGCCUGGUCUUGGGGGCCUUGGUUUACGUGAUCUUGACCUGGAUGUCCCGACGCAGAGCAGGCUCUGCCAGCAUCACCCGCCGCCCUCCUCGCCAAUCACGCACGUCUUCCCGCAACCGCCCAGGCUUUAACCGCAACAGCAGCUAUGACCGGCGCAGCAACAACAGUUUGGUCAGUGCUGCUUUCAGCUUCCACCGCCAGACUUCCUCCCCAGAUCACCUCGACCCACUGGGGCACAAAUCCAGCUUCAGGGCUUCCACCUUCCACCCUCUCCUCCAGUGCAGCCAAAUCGCAAGGGAGGCAGAGGAGGGGAGCCAGACAACGCUGCCCCGUACACCAACUCUGACCACGUCAACUGGAUCUGCUCAAACAGCCCAGCCAGCUGCCACCCCACCCAGACCGGAGUCGUUUUGGGGGAACAAUGGCCUGAGGGGUUUCCAUGCUACACAGACCCCACCUCCAGCUUAUGAGAGCAUUAUUAGAGCUUAUCAAGAAACCUGCACCUGAGCAGAGCACCAGGCUGACUCUAACUAGAUGAGAGAGAGUUGUAAAUGGAUUUACAAAUGAUAUUGGACUAAAUCUGUACUGCUUUAUAUGACCAGGUGGAGCAGAGUGGAGCCAGCAAAGACAUCAAGGUCAAUUGUGUGUCCUACAACCAUCAGUUUUGUAUGCUUUUGUUUUGUUAAUAUAUAUCUAGUGUUCACAUAAGCAUACUUGCCUUUCAUCCUUUAAUAAAUAUUGAGGAAAACUAUUUUAAAACAGUCUGUUCACACGCUCAGCAAUGUGGCAAGGCUGCUUAUGAACAUAAAUGAUUUGUCUUGAAAAUUAGCAGUCUGUAAUUAGUGGUGAUUGACACUAACGUAUGCUUGCAAUGAAUCUUUGUUUAGUUUAGACAACGCAAAAACCUACAAAUACAUACUGAUGACUGGGCAUUUCUCCUUUGUCCCUGCUGAUCAUAAUCACUAGGCAAAAGAGAGCAUGGUUGUGUAUGUGUACCCCAAAGGAAGGUAAAUGUGUGUGUGUGUGUGUGUGUGUGUGUGUGUGUGUGUUAACUUGUAUUUAAUAAAUUGUGUUUCUAUGCAAAACCUGGUGGGGACAGCCUUUAACUCAUUUGAUGUUUUAAUUGCUGUCUCACACAUGUUUUUUUACAGAGCUGUGGCAUGUGUGGGGGUGUGGUGCUCUAAGUAAUUUAGUGUGCCUGAGUUUGCAAGUACAGUAUGAGUGAGCUUGAAAGAAAGAUACACAGAAAGUUGGGCAUUAGGUGUCAGAAGUUUUUGUAUUUUAUAUUUGAGUGUAAUUUACUGAACUUUGCUCAUAAAUGAAUGCAAUAAAAGCUAGAAUCAAAAGCAUAACAACUGUGGUCUGUAGGGUGUUUGCUGGGCAAGGCAACACAAGAUAUGGCUAUAUAAUAACAUAAUAACAUGCACACCUGUAAAAUGUUGCAACCCAAGUCAACCAGUUCAGUUUUAGUUGGCUGUGCUAGACAACAUUUUGAUCAUAUUUUGAGAUUGUGGUGUCAAUGUACAAUAUUACAUUGUGAUGUUGUCCAUUUGUGGGGACAAUAAAGGCACUACCUUAUUAAAAAAACACCAUAAACUAGCAUCUGGCAUUAACAUCUUUCUCUGAACAUUAUAAUCUUUACAAUAGUUUGUAUUUGUUGUAUGAUUGUUGUAAUGGACUGCAGGUGUUUUUAUUGACUGAUUAUUUUGAUGUCCAGUCUGACUAUAUUUCCUGAUGGGGGAAAUGUUACGCCACAAUAAAGUUUGGUACAGGA